AUGGACGCCGCGGAGAUCGGUGUUGCAGCGGGGCUCAUGUCGCUGCCCGGCGCCGCAAACAGGAGAGUCUGCGUCGCCGCACCUGCAGGCGGCAGGCGGCGCGCAGCAAAGACUGGGCCCUCCUGCGGACGGCCCUGCGGGGGGAGCCUCACGCGGCCAUCGCUGGCACGGGCACCAACGGGUGUCGAGCAGUCCGCACGAGCCGAAGUCGUGGCGAGGGGAAGUCGGGGGGACGGCAGUUUCACAGCAGGGUUUCUGGUCGGCGGGAUCGUCUGUGGUGUAUUGGGCUUUCUGUACGCCCCGCAGAUCUCACGAACUUUGUUGGACGAGCAGCAGCGCCUGAAGUUGCCAAAAUUUUUGGAGGACAAGCCUCCAGUGCCGGUGACCAAGGACGAGCUGGUUCUUCGCGUUGACGAGCUCAAUGCUGCCGUCGACCAGCUGGCAAAGGACCUGGGUGGGAGGGGCGCAGGGGCAGAGAACAGCAAGGACCCCAAGGCCACCGAGGUGACAGCUUGA